AGUACAGGUAACAGAGGAUAACACGGAAGGGCGUUUAGUUUCAACCUUCUGGGUUAUCUUGACGGAAGAGUAGCAAGGUUUUUUCAGGGCCUAGUAAAUACACAUCUCUUUCAAAGUGUUAUUAACCUAUUUUAAAAUAAAAAAAAGAAACUCUUAUCUAGGAUUAAGCGUGUUCCGAGUUUCAGAGUGGAUAUGUUGACCUUCGCCUUUGUGUUCCUCUCAAUUGCAGCCACAGGCUUGUGUGAGUUUUGGGUUGAUGUUGGUAAUCCUGCACUAAAGGUGAAAGAGAAUGAAGGGGUGGACAUGAAAUGUAAAUACUCUGCUACGUUUGGAUCAUCCCCCAGAAUAGAAUGGAAGUUCAAAGAUAUUAAAGGCUCUCAGUCAUUCGUCUACUUUGAUGGCAAGCCGAUUGAUAAAUACGAAGGUCGUAUCACUGUGUAUGAUGAAGGACUGAGGCUUAACAAGGUGACUCGAGCAGACACAGGAGACUAUGACUGUGAGGUGUUUGGCAACAAUGGGUAUGCUGAGAAAACCAUCAAGCUUACUGUUCUUGUGCCUCCUAGCAAGCCUGUAUCCAGAAUUCCUUCAUCAGUGACAACUGGAAGUAAUGCCCUGCUGACCUGUGUCGAUCUGGUCGGCUCCCCCCCACCCACCUAUAAAUGGUACAAAAACGGUUCUCCUCUCCCAGAGGAUCCAAGCAAAUUCCCCAAUUUUAAGAACCUCACAUACAAGAUGAACACGUUCAAUGGUAACCUGGAGUUCCCAAGUGCAUCUAAGAUGGAUAUUGGUUCAUAUUACUGUGAGGCUGUUAAUAGUGAAGGUGCUAUGCGUGGUGAUACAGUACAAAUGGAUGUCCGUGAUGUAAAUGUUGGUGGCAUUGUUGCUGGUGUUAUUGUGGCUUUGCUUGCAGUAGGGUUGCUCCUCUUUGGACUCUGGUAUGCCAACAAAAAAGGAUAUCUACCAAAAGUGGCUGAAAGCAAGCCGAAAACAGCUGUCUAUACACAGCCACGAACAGAAGAUGUGGAUGAUGGGGAUGGGGAAUUCAGACAGAAAUCAUCAUUUGUUGUGUAGCCUUGACUACUCUUGUUGGAGCAUGAAGAUUUAUUGCUUAGAUCAAGAUUUUUUGCUUAGGAUAUUUGGAUGUAAUUUUCAACUCUGCCUACUACACUGGUUGACCUAAAAUAUCCAAAAGCCAAAAGCUGGGUAAAUGUGUGUAAGAGUUAGCACAAACUUGCAAACUUGCAGUAUCUGAACCGUGUUUUCCAGAAGUUGAAGAGAAGUGAUAAAGAUAAUUUAUUGAAGUAUGAUAAUGUGUUUAGACCUAAAAUAUGCUUAAAGGAUUCAUUGGCUACCAAUUAAUAAUGUAAUUCGUUUUUAUUAUAUGCUGUUCAGUUUUGUAUGGAUUUAGGUGUGUGAGCCCAAGUCUAUUUUACAUGACAAGGCCGUUUCCCGAAACCAAAAAGAAGGAACUGCAAAUAAUCCCCAUUUCCCUUCAAAUAAGCGUGCUGUACUUUAUAUGAUUUGUUGUUUGUUUACUUUCCUGGUAGUAUUUUCAGGAAUGCCUGUGUGUUUGUGUGUGUAUAUUUUUAAAAUGUUUUAUACUUAUUGCUUGAAAUGUAAAUACUCUCCUUUUUAAUGGGAUUUUAGAUAUAGCUUCACUGAACAGAGAUGCCUUUCUACUGUAAAUUGCUCUUCUGAGAACAAAUACAUCACAUUGAUAGAAUGUUUUCUACUUGUUUGAUUGUAGUUUUAAUGUAUGACUUGAUCCUAUUCUUCAAAUAAAUGAAAACAACUGAAAUGAU